AUGAAGAUUAAAAAGGCCCCUGUCAAGAAGCUGGCGGUACCGCCACUUCCGAUUCGAAACCUCAUCAAGACGCUCAAGGAGAGUCCAGAGGCAGAGCUUGCGGCACAUAUCGAAGCAACGCCAGAAUGGAACUGGCCACGCGGAGACUUGUUCCAUUGGGUCGGUGUUCUCAACCGCUUCGACGACAUCCUCGACACCCUCUGCAAAACCCACGACAUGAAAAGGCCCCAGUCAAAGGAGCUUUCGCCCGCCGAUCGACGUCUCACCCUCGCCAUCCUCUCCUUCUCACGACUCUUACUCGAGAGCUGCACCAACAGAAACCUUUAUGCCUCCUAUGAGCAACUGAACGACCUACUGAACACACGCGACUUGGACAUUCUGGAGUCAUGUUUGCGGCUGUUACUUCGACCAGCUCAGCGUCACAGCGCUCAACGCUCGGCGCGAUCAAUAUUCACAGUCUCCCAGGAUCGCCUCUUGGCGUUGGCGCACUCAUGGGGCAGCAAAGAGUAUGGGCUGGAUCUUCAACAAUUGGCAGAUGACAAGGCAGAGAUCCCAGAGCGGCUCCAGUCAGUGAGCUUUCAAUUCUUUCGGACAAUCGCCCCAUCAAAAAACCCCGCCACAGACUCACCGCCCACGUCAUCAGCUGCGCCAUCAGGACAUACCAUAGCUGCUGCUACGGCCACCACACCGUCAAGCGCAUCUGCGCCUCCGACCUCAGCCUCUGGAAAGCCAAGGAGACAUUCCAGCUCUGGCGCAUCAUCGUCUCAUGCCUCAGCAAUGGCCACCACCGGAACCGCCACACCAGCCUUUUCAUCUGUAAGCGAGGGUUUGGUUGUGAUCCAGGUAUCUGACCCUCAGCAAUUGGGAGCGACAGAUUACGAGAUCCUCAACCAUCUGGUGCAAGAGUACAAGGUUUCAGAAGAACACCAUUUCCAGCUUCUCAGUCGUAUCAGGAUAGCAACUGGAAUUCGUGACCCUAAGCGCCGCCAGCAACUCCUGCUAAUCCGUAUCUUGGCGAUCGCUGUCAUGUCGCACGUUCUUUCUGAGGCCGUUAUUGUCGAAAAGUUUUUCGCCUUUGAGCCCGAGAUCAUCCAGAGCCUGACUGAUCUGAUUCACCCCGACCACAAAGUGCCGUUCCCUGUACAAACUGUGGCACUCUUUGCUUUGGACGGGCUGGCUCAUUUGAGGAACAGGCAUCCGGAUGUGUUGACCGCAAUCAAUGCCUCUGCUAGUCACGGUGUCCUCUUGUAUGCAUUGCGCAAAGUCAUUACAGGACUGGAUUCGGAGAAUGUUCCUUAUCCUCAGGAAUUUCUGGAUGCCAUGUUUGCGUUUAUCUCGUACAUUAUCAGCUCACAGUCAGGAGGCAACAUGGUUAUUUCUGCUGGCCUCGUCCCUGUACUGCUUCAACUGCUCUCGAAUAAGCAUUCGUCCCAAUUGAAGAAUGUCACCAAGAGCGUCACUAUCCUCGACAGCCUUGUUUACGGGUUCAGCACAGCUUUCACAUCAUUUUGCACGUCAGGUGGACUCAACAGUCUAGUGGCAAGGAUGAAAGAGGAGGUCGACUACUCUUUGAAAUUGGUCAAGGACGCGGAGGCCACUCAGAUGACAGAUGUCAGCUCUACGGAUACCGGUGCGCCCAAAGAAGUGGAAACGACGCCUAUUCCGUUCGAGAGGACAGCACUGUCAAAGGCCAUGUUCAAGUUUAUCAUCCACAUGAUGCAGAGCCCUGGUACUCACGAAGGCUUGCGGAAUUUGAUCGAGACAACCUUGCCAGCGACACUCAAAGACAUUAUGGAGCACCCCUCUGCUCUCGGAAAUUCCAUCUACGCUCAUGCUAUCAACACAAUGACGUCCUUCAUCCAUAACGAACCAACAUCGCUCAGCAUCCUUCAGGAAGCCAAGAUUCCCCAGACUCUUCUUGCCAGCUUGUCAAAGGAUAUCCCUGCCUCCAAUGAUGUCGUAAUGAAUCUGCCAGGCGCGUUUGGAGCGAUUUGCUUGAACGCGAGCGGACUGGAGAUGUUCACCAAGGACUUUGAUAUCAAGAAGUUCUUUGACGUGUUCACUUCGGUUCCUCACGUGAGAGCUUUACAGGACAGCGACAUUGCAUCGACACUCGGCGUUUCAAUGGAUGAGUUGGUGCGGCAUCAGCCAACACUAAAACCCAAGGUGAUGACUGAGUUGGGUGAAGCGCUGAAGACAGUCUUGAAGAUGUGCGAGUCGGAUGCAGUGACAGAGGAUGAUAUUUCCCUUUGCACCCUUCAAAAAACCCGCGCCAAGGACGCGCCUCCCCUCGGCAAAGUUGUUGACGACGACGCAAACAAGGACGAUAGGAAAGAUAGUCUUGUUGCCCAACUCAUCGAGAGCUCCGCCGGGUUUUGCGAAAGUUUCUUCCAGAAUGCAGCGAGCGCCCACGAGUUUUUGAAGGCAGACGGGAUCGAUACUCUUUUGCGAUUCUAUUCGUUGCCGACUUUGCCAUACGACCUGGCCAACUCCUCAGCUUUCUUUACGCUGUCGCACCUUCUCAAGCUGUUAAGCGAAGCCAACCCUGCGGCUGCAAUUUCGGCAGUAGUGAAAGAAGUGAACAGGAUACUUCAGCAGGUUCAACCGCUGCUCGAUUCAACCAAUGCUGGGUCUGACCUUGUUCAGUACAUCGACAUCACAGUCUCGAGCGACGACGAUAUAUCUCGAGGGAACAACAUGCUGCGAUCGUUGAUUAGUUUACACGCCUUCAGCGGGCUGCUUUCGGACAUGUACUGUGCCCCUACUUUCUCCCAUGGUCGGAACUCUGCCGCGGUACUAGCUGCAUUUGUCAACGCACAGGGUGAUCAGGCCCUAGCAGGUCUAGGCCAGCUCCACAGGGCAUGUUUGUGGGAGAGCAUUGCCAUGAAGCGCAUCCUCGGCAAGGACUGGAAUGACCCCAGCUCCAAGGCCAAGCGUGCUCAUACCCAUGUGCCAAUGCCAGGAACAGUCGACGAGAACGUAGAAGAGUUGGCGGGAGAAGACAAGGAGAUGGCGGCCGCCACGCCCUCGGUUGACAUAUACUCACCUACUGUCAUCAACACCAAAUUCCUCCGCUUUGUGCUUACUCAGAUCCCCCAGUACAUCACGCCCAUGUAUCAAGGUAUCACUAAGAUGCUCUUCAGUCGCCGAGAGAUGGAGCCAGCACAGCGCACAAACGCAUUCAAGAUCGCAGAUUCAUUGUCCGGAGUCUUACAGUCGCACAUUAGUUGGAAGCGUCUUGAUGCAAGCGAAUCUCUCAGUGACAAGUACACGUAUCUCAGUACUAUGUUCAACUUGCUGCCAUACCUGCUACUUGACGACCGCAACCCGACAACUCUUCAGACCAUUAUGGCGGCUUCAUUCGUCAGGACUGGCAGUUUGGAGGCCCUGUUCACCUGGCUGGAUUCAGCGUGGGCAGAGGCUUCGACUAUCAGGUCUGCUUCGACCACAUCAGAAGGAGAGCAGAUGGUUCUGUUGGCCAAGGUUCAUGGAUGCGUCGAGACUAUGUUGAGCGUGCUCCAGACACUCACGUCAUCGAAACUCUUGCUUGAGUCAUCCCAUACCGCUCCAUUGACAUCUAAAGACGACAAGAGCAGGAAGGAGUACUUCUUUAACCCUCACGAGUUCCUGGUCGACGUCCGAUUGUUGGUUGUGCCGCGUAUUCAGCAACUUUGGGUGGAUAAACACCUCGAUCAGUGCCCGGCCCUUCUUGUUCGCCAUAUCAUUCAGAUCAUCAUCAACGUUCUCAAGGCCGCUGGUGAGCUAAAGCCUCCUGUCGUGGCUCCUCCACCCCCUUCUUCAGGAACUGGCGCUGGAACAGGUGCGGGAUCCUCUGCAUCGAAUGUCUUUGGCGUCCGACCUGUCGUUCCCGAUGCCAACAGUGUAGCCAUGCUGCUCGACAUGGGUUUCCCCCGCUCAGCUGCGGAGCUUGCUCUUACUAGAAGCGGCAAUCAGCUCGAGCGUGCUACCGAGUACCUUUUGACGCAUCAAGAAGUUGUUGCUGCCGCGAUCUACGAACAGGAGCGCGAGGAAGCGGCAGCUCGUGCCGCAGCCAUCGCGACAGCCAAUGAACCUCCUGUACCGCCAACCGCAACAAGUUCAGCCAAUACCGCUGCUACUGCUACUACCGAUGCUACCGACGCUAGUGCAACUGAGCAAGCACCUUCUGGGGGAGCUGCAACAGGAGACGCGAGCGUUGAGCGGGACGGUGAUGAAGAGGAUGAAGACGAAGAAGAGGACGAAGAGGAGAUGCUUCGUCAGGCCCUGGAGAUGUCCCGAGCCUUGGAUGUUACCAUGGCAGACGAUGAAGCAACCAGCACUCCUCAGACGCAAGAGUCCACUACAGAAGCGGAGCAGGACGCAACCGCAACCGCAACCGAUGCGACCACUGCCCAGUCGACCGUUGAAGAAGCGACUCAGGAAGGAGCGAUUGACGUUGAGGACGAUCAGCCCACCGAGGAGGAAAAGAGAGAGCAGGAGUACAAGCUGGCCCUGGAUCUUCAUCUGGAGCACAAGGAUCAGCUGUCAAAGGCACGAGAGGAAAUCAAACUUCUUCUCGUGAGCCGCUCGCUGGAACUUAUCGAGUCCAUUAACGACAUUGUAUUCUAUGUGCGCGACCUGCUCGUGUUACUCUGCAAGGACAAGGACAGCACUGUGCUGGAGGAGCUUGUCAAGGAUCUCGAGAAGGCGAGCACCAACCUCAAGGAUACCUCGAGAGGACGCGCUUUCGGAGCACGUCUGAGAUUGCUGGCACUGCUCUUUGGCGAUGUCGCAAUUCAGUCCAAGAUGAGCGACCAUACCACUACCCUAGUCCCUCUUUUGCUUUUGAUCCUCGAGGAGCACGUCAAAUCGCAGGCGCCUCAGAAGGGGAACCCAUGGCUUUCACCCCUCCUGCUCAUGGUGGAGAGCUUUGUGUCUUUGUCAGAUGAACCAAAGGUUGUUCCAGACGAGGCCACACCGGACAGCAAGAGCAAGGCGGCCGACAAGGAGAUGAAGGAGGACAUUGUGUCUCCAGUUAACAUGGAGAGCCUCCAGCAGCACAGUAUCACUCUCCUCAAGCAAGAAGACCUCACCAAGGAUAUCACCCUCUCAGUAUUCAGGAUUCUUGUUCGACUCACUCGACACCACAGUCUGGCGAUGUCCUUCUUGAAGGCACAAGGUCUUGAUCUGAUCUUUUCGACUCUCAAGCCCGAGCGGAUCGGUGUCCAAGGACAACAGAGCUUUAUCGUUAUGAUCCUUCGCCACAUCAUUGAGGAUUCCGUCGUCCUGCAGGAAGUCAUGGAGAAGGAGAUUGUGCGCUGGUUCACUCAGCCGUCGCGAGCAAGGACCGGUGACCUUCAAAGUUAUCUUCGCCACAACAACUUUUUGGGACUUCGAGACUUGGAUGCCUUUAUUGCCGGAACGCUGGCCGUCAGUAAGGUGUCCAAAUACGAUUCAUCGCACAGGGCUGUCCAACUGACGCUCACCAAGUCUUCCGUUCCUUCCGAACCUGAAAACAACAAGGACUCAGGUGAUUCAGCCAAAGAUGAAGAGAUGGGCAAGGACAAAGACCAUGAGAAAGAAGCAGAGUCCAAUGCCGGAGAAGGUUCGUCUACAAGUGCGCAACCCCCUGCCGAGCCACAGUCAUCUGCCACGUCUUCAGAGCCACACGCAGCCUCCGCUAGCGCCAUCGCCGAAGCAUCCAAGAAGUAUUCGAGUGAAAUAUCAGAGACUGUCAUCCACUUUUUAGUCUCUGAGCUCCUCGGUGCGCGAGACACUGUUCCAGCUCCAUCCAGUCCAUCAAACGUCUCGAGUGACGGUGUCAAGCACGGCGAGGCUUCGUCAGCCAAGGCGACCUCCUCCUCCGACAAGGACGCGACACCUGCCGCGGCCGCACUGCACGAUGCCAACUUUAUUCACCGAUGCUUCGUGUUACAAUGCCUGAACGAGCUCCUAAUCUCGUACCCCUCUUGCAAGGUCGAUCUCAUGAACUACUCUCGCCGGAAAGGAGGCAAGGAGUCAUCUCACGCAGCGACUAAACCCAGGUCCAACUGGCUCAGCUUCCUUCUCAACGAUCUCAUCCCCUACCGUGGAACUGUCGUGCAGUCGUCCGAGACCGAGCUUCGGAAACAUUCGAUCGAGUCCAACUUUGCGUCUGCCCUCUUGGUGGCCAUGUGCUCGAAUGGAGACGAGGAAGAAGAGAAGAAGCCCUUCAGUGAGCUUGUCCAGGUCCGUCGUUUCGUGAUUGACGGUCUGAUCCGGUCUUUCAAGGAUGCGAUUGCGUCGACAUUGCCCGUCGAAUUCAAGUACGGCAAGUUCCUCUCCCUCUCUGAGCUUAGCUACAAGAUCCUCGGCUCUUCCCCUCCCGCCGGAGCGAUGGCCAAGCCUAGCGAAGACAUGUCCAUCAACAUUGUCAAGGUCAUGCUUGAGAAGAACUUCAUUCUCACUCUAACCAAUGUGCUCGCGGACAUCGAUCUCAACUACCCCCACGCCAAGAUCCUUGUGAACGCCGUCCUGAAGCCAUUGGAGCAUCUGACAAAGCUCUCUCUCAAGAUGAGUAGGGCGACCGAUUCAGGUGUUGCCAGAGCGAGGGGUCAGUCGACCCCAUUGUCCGGAACAGGCAGCGGAGCAGGUUCAGGCGACGACGCACCGGAUCUGUACCGCAACUCCUCGCUCGGAAUGUUUGAUGGAGCGACGAUGGAGUCCGCCGAGGACGACGAUUCGGAUGAUGAAGGCGAUGAGGACGACAUCUUUGAAGGCGAGGAGUACGAUGAGGGUACUGCCAGCGAUGCCAGCGACCUAAGCGAAGACGAACUCAGUGACGACGAUGAUGACGAGGAUGAAUUGGAAGAGAUGGUCGAUCGCAAUCCUUUCCAUCACCACAGCCACGAGAUGUCGGACGAUGAGGAGGACCCCGACGAUGAGGACAUGGAGGGCGACGAUGACGACGACGAUCUCGACGAGGAGAUGGAGGCCGAGCUCCAAGAAGCCCUCGACAACGAAGACGAUGACGAGGAGAUGAUGGAGUGGGAUGCAGACUCACGACCCAUCAUCCUCCAAGACGACGAGAUCGGGGAGGUCAUCGACGAUGAAGACGACGAUCCCCAGGUUGCUGAUCCUGAAUACUACGACGAGCAGGACCGCGCCCACCGUCAUCAUACGCAUACUCACAACCCACACCUUCAUCACGGAGAAGCAGACGGUAUGGAGGAUGGUGAGGACGAUGAGGACGACGAAGACGGGGAUGACCUCGACGAUCUCGACGAGGACGAAGAAGGAGACGAGGAAGAUGACGAAGAAGAGGGUGACAUUUUGUUGCUAGAUGAUGUUGAAGGUUUCGACCCUGUCCGAGCUCCUGGACGCGGCGGUCCUUGGGACAUGACCAGUACGUUUGUUAUCAACGACCAGAGCAUUCUUUUGAACGGUGCUCAAGUGGCUGAUCUUCGUGGUCGCCGUCCACGAGCAAGUGGACGCCGUUUGGAAGACCGGGGCUUUGUGGCUUACGACUCAGCUGCCGACCAAGGUCGAUUCUCGUACAUCGAGGACGAUGAGUUCCCAUUGUUGGGAGCUCCAGCCCGGAACCCUUUCCUUCAAGUUUCAGACGACGUGAUCACACACCCGUUGCUCGCACAGCCACGCCCAACCAGUGCCAGUACCACCGCAGACGGAAAUCGUCGGUCAGCUUCGCGUAGUGGCCUCGGCGUCAAUGGCGGUAUUUCUGAUUGGCAUACAUUUGAGGAACUCCUGAGCGGCAACCAAUCGCAGAUUCUCGGCACUUUGAUGAACGGUGGUGCUAUCCGAGCCAGUCAUGGUGCCUUCCGCGUCGAAGUCAACAGCGGCCACGGACAUGCCAUUGUGGCGCCCAUUGACCGUGGUGGUUCCCGCAGUGCGGUUCCAGCUGAUGCAGCCACUGUGGCAGCCGGUGGAUCGUCAUCCGAUGCAGCCUCCGCCAACAAGCCGGACAUGUUUGGCAUUGUUCAGAACUUUGUGCCAUUCUCCACCUCGCAGAGAUGGUCUCAAGAGUGCCGUAUGAUGUAUGGAGCAGCUGCCCAGGACAAGGCGACGCGUUUGCUAAACCACAUUACCAAUGCGCUCAUCCCAGCCGCCAAGGAGGAACACCGCCUCAAGCAGGAACGCGAUGCCAAGGAGCAAGAGAUCCGCCGGAAAGCUGAGGCCGAGAAGAAGCGGAUUGCAGAGGAGAAGAAAAAGGCUGAGGAGGAGGCCGAAAGGGUCCGGAUUGCAGAGGAAGCUGCGGCAGCUGAACGCGAAGCUGCACGUCUGGCUGAGCUGGCUGCAGCCAGAGCUGCGCGUGGUGAGACCGAGGAGGAACCUGCCGCAGAAGGUGCUAUGGAGGUAGAGGAAGUCGCAGGCGCCACCGCCGAGCCAGUGGAGGAACCCGAGCCUGCUGCCCCAGCUCGCCGCACGGUCAUGAUUGAUGGCGUCAUGGUGGAUAUCACCGACAGCGACAUUGACCCCGAGUUCUUGGAGGCACUGCCGGAGGACAUGCGCCGCGAGGUGUAUAACGACUACCUGCAAUCACGCCGACCCCCUGCCCCUACGACUACACAACAACCCGCCACAUCGUCAUCGACGGCGUCCCAGAGCAUUAACCCCGACUUUUUGGAGGCUCUUCCACAGAAUAUGCGUGCCGAGCUGGACGAGAUUCUGCGCGGUCAAGGAGCGGUGCCCGACGAUCUUGCUUCGGGCUUGCCAAUGGCGACUGCGUUCACUGACACUCUCUCUCGCCUUGUUCCACAACUGCGACAGAUCUAUCAGGAUGGAGGCAACAAUUCUGCAGCGCUGGCAGAGGCUUCUGCGAUCCUAAACCGCAUUCCCAGAAACUACCCCGGUCUUCGAGAGGUUCGCGACAUGAUUGCUUCAACGGGAUCUGGAUCGUCCGCCAAGAAGGCCAUUGUCCCACGAGAUGCUAUCCAGCUGGUUGACAAGUCUUCCUUGGCUACCCUUGUCCGACUCAUGUUCUUACCUCAGCCCCCGUCCAAGAACAUCCUCAACAAGCUACUUGCGAACCUCUGCGAAAACAGCAAGACGCGUACAGAGCUGUUGUCACUCUUGCUCUCUAUUCUUCAGGAUGGAGGUGCAGACUUGGCGGCAGUGGACAAGAGCUUUGCGCAGAUGUCUCUCCGUGGGAAACCUAUCGUUAAGGCGCACCAUCACAAAGGAAAGGGCGUAGGAACACUUCCAGCUCCCACGCCUUCUGCCAUGGAUAAUGUACCCAACUUGGUGGCCCGCCGCUGCUUCGAUGCGCUGUAUUACAUCGUCUCGCUCAACUCCCAGGCCGCACAGUUCUUCCUCACGGAGCACGAGAAUGUGACGUUGAAGCGAUCUCCGUCCAAGAAGGGCAAAGGCAAAGACAAGGACAAGACUAUCAGCUCCAAGUAUCCAAUCGUCCUCUUGUUGGGUCUACUUGAACGACCAACCUUUGUCGAGAACUCGGCGUUGAUGGAGCAGUUGAUGAUGUUGCUCUCAAUUCUGUGCAGACCCCUCGCCACGCUUGUCAAGGAUGACGACGAGAAGGACAACAAGACCGACAACAAGGACAAGGGGGGAGCCGAGGAGCCGCCCGCAGAACCCUCGGCUUCGCCAACAUCUGCCGGACCAGCGGCAAGUUCGAGUACCGCACCUCCGACUACGACUACAGAGGAAGCUUCCACUUCAGCUUUGUCAACUGUUCCUACCGACGCUACGGCUACCACAGCAACCGAUACCAAGGCGGAUGCAAGGGCGAAUACCAAAGUUGCCGAGACGGACCCCCCAGCACUCAAACCUCCCGUCAUUCCUGACCAUUGUAUCCAGUUGGUCAUUCGUGUGUUGACGGCAGGAGAGUGCUCAGGCAGGACGUUCCAGUACACUUUGUCAGUCAUCCAGAAUCUUUCGGCAUUGAAUGGCGCACGGGACGUGAUUACGGCAGAGUUGAUCAGAGCAGCGCGUGAGUUGGGAGCCGGCAUCUUGACAGAUCUCGACACACUCUCGGAGACGUUGACGAACGCGAUGACAGGCGUUGAUGUGCAGGGAGUGGUUCUCGAGCAGUUCACACCUGCAUCGUCCAAGCAGGCCAAGCUGCUUCGUGUUCUCAAGACGAUCGACUACAUGUACUCUCGGAAACAGAGCCUUACCCCCGCCCCAACAUCGACUCAAGUCAACAUCGAGCUUGCUCCGACUCUUGAUCCUGAGGAGGCGGACGCUGUGAUGCCAAGAUCGAUGCGGGAUGUUGGUUCAGGAGCAACAAACCUCAACAAGGACGAGGAGAAGGCAACACAGAUCUACGACAAUCUUGCGUUCCAGGCCCUUUGGACCAAGGUGGGCGACACUUUGGAGCUGAUCCACGAGCGGAGCGAUAUGGUCCACGUGGCGACGGUGCUGUUGCCUCUGGUUGAGUCAUUCAUGGUGGUGUGCAAGUAUGUGGGUCUGAGACCGUCGACACUCGAGAUGGAGGAAGAGGUUUGCAAGGCGACAACCAACUCGACGGAGGAGCUGUUCCUACAGUUCACGGAGAGGCACAGCAAGAUUCUCAACAUUAUGGUACGGAAUAACCCGGCGUUGAUGUCUGGAUCGUUCUCGUUGCUGGUGCACAACCCCAAGAUGCUGGAGUUCGACAACAAGCGCAACUACUUUACUCAGCAGGUGCACAAGCGGACAGCCAGUCAGGGACACUAUGGCACGUUGCAGAUGAAUGUGCGCCGCGAGAUGGUCUUUAUUGACUCGUUCACGCAGCUGCAGUCGAGGUCGGGCGAGGAGAUAAAGUACAGCAAGCUGAACGUCCACUUUCACGGCGAGGAAGGUGUCGAUGCCGGAGGAGUGACGAGGGAGUGGUUCCAGGUCCUAGCCCGACAGAUGUUCAACCCCGACUAUGCUAUGUUCAAGACAUCUGCUGCCGACAAGUUGACGUACCAGCCCAACCGAGCGUCGUGGGUCAACCCGGACCAUCUGCUGUUCUUCAAGUUUAUUGGUCGCGUGAUUGGCAAGGCUAUCUACGACGGUCGUUUGUUGGACGCGUACUUCACGCGAUCGUUCUACAAGCAUAUCCUGGGUCGACCGGUUGACUAUCGGGAUGUUGAGGCAGUGGAUCCGGAGUACUACAAGUCUCUUGUGUGGAUGCUGGACAACGAUAUUACGGACAUUGUGGAGGAGACGUUCUCGGUGGAGACGGACGAUUUCGGCAACAUGAAGACGGUGGAUUUGAAGCCGAAUGGACGCAACAUUCCGGUGACAGAGGAGAACAAGCACGAGUAUGUCAAGUAUAUCACGGAGCAGAAGCUGACGCUAGCGAUCAAGGACCAGAUCCAUUCGUUCCUGCAGGGAUUCCACGAGAUUAUCCCAGCGCAUUUGAUCAGCAUCUUCAACGAACAGGAACUGGAGCUAUUGAUUUCUGGAUUGCCAGACAUUGAUGUGGAUGAGUGGAAGAACAACGCGGAGUACCAGAACUAUUCGCAGGCGUCGCCGCAGAUCCAAUACUUUUGGCGAGCUGUACGAUCGUUUGACCAGACGGAGCGUGCCAAGCUGCUGCAGUUUGUGACCGGAACAUCCAAGGUGCCCCUAGGCGGAUUCUCUCAGCUUCAGGGCAUUUCUGGUGUCCAAAAGUUCCAGAUCCACAAGGACUUUUCAUCCACCAAGCGCCUCCCCUCCGCGCACACAUGUUUCAAUCAACUGGAUCUGCCUGAGUACGAGACAUAUGAUGAGUUGAGACAGCAGCUAUUGACGGCGAUUUCGGAGUGCAGUACAGGAUUUGCGUUUGCUUAA